AUGACCGCAACAGCGCUCUGCCAGGUGGCGCUGGGCGGCGGGCCAACACCGCGGGCAUACCACAGCACGACGCGAGUGGGAUCCGCGCUCUUCGUGUUUGGAGGACAGACGUACAUGCACACGUCCGGAGGCGCAGAGUCUGUGCUCGGCGACCUUCCCAUCUUUGACUUGGUCCGCAUGGCGUGGGAGACGAGGGACUCGCGCGGCAACCCGCCCCGACCGCGGUACUGGCACACCGCGACGCUGGUGGGCGGGAGCAUCGUCAUCGCCGGUGGCUACACCGGCACACGCUCACUCAGCGACGUGCAUCUCCUCGACACGGAGGCCAUGGCGUGGUCCUCGCCACCGCUUUCGUCGCCGCUGCCGCCACUCGCCUGUCACUCCGCAACGCUGGUCGGUGGCCGGUUGUACCUCUUUGGCGGCAUGGCGGUCACCCUCGACGACGCGGGCGCGUCGUGCGUCGAGCAGCCACGGUCACGCGCUUCACGUGUCGAGUACCACGAGGACGUCCAUUCGAUCGAUUGCGGCGAGAUGUCGGAGGCUGGAACGGCGCUCCGCGGUCGGCAUGGAAACCCGUCCUCGUCCGUCUGCGCGCAAUGCCCCGAGGCGCGCGUCGUAGGCGCGCCACGCCCGCUCGACGAGGUCUCUACUCUCGACCUCGAGGGGCUCGGCACGUGGCACUCGGUGCAGGUUCCCGGCGAGGCGCCGGCUCCCGUCUAUGGCCACUCGGCCACCCUCGUCGGCUCAAAGGUGGUGGUCUUUGGCGGGUGGGAUGGCUCGUCGCCGCUCAACUCGGCGCACGUGCUGGAUACAACGCUCCUGUGA